AUGGAGAACAGCAGCUCAAAGUUGGACAACCCCACCAACAUAUCCCUGGCCACCAGCGAUGUCAUGCUUGGUCUGCUGGAAUACAAGACCAUCUCCGUCUUCCUGGUGCUCGGCAUUUGUGGGGUUGGCAUCGUUGGCAACGUCAUGGUAGUUUUGGUGGUCCUUACCACUCGUGACAUGAGGACCCCCACCAACUGCUACCUGGUGAGCCUGGCGGUGGCCGAUUUGAUGGUUCUGGUGGCUGCUGGUCUGCCCAACAUCUCUGAUAGCCUGGCAGGGACGUGGAUCUACGGGUUUGCUGGCUGUCUUGGCAUCACCUAUUUCCAGUACUUGGGCAUCAAUGCAUCAUCCUGCUCCAUCACUGCCUUCACUGUGGAAAGGUACAUUGCGAUCUGCCACCCCAUGAAAGCCCAGACCAUGUGCACCGUGUCGCGAGCCAAGCGCAUCAUUGCCUUCGUCUGGAUCCUCACCUCGGUGUACUGCAUGCUCUGGUUCUUCCUGGUGGACAUUGCCGUCAACCAAAGCCAGCAGGUGGAGUGCGGCUACAAGGUCUCCCGCAACCUUUACCUGCCGAUUUACCUGCUCGACUUUGCCCUCUUCUUCGUCACCCCCUUGUUCCUCGCCACCGUGCUCUACGGCCUCAUUGGGAGGGUCCUCUUCCGCAGUCCUGCCCUGCACCAGCCCACCGCCCCGGCUGAACGCUGGCGAGACCAAAGCAGCAAGGCGAGGAAUGGGACAGAGGCCGAACGGAGGAGGGUGGGCAGCUCAAGAAACAGAGGACCCGUCUCUUCCAGGAAGCAGGUCACCAAGAUGUUGGCCGUGGUGGUGGUCCUGUUCGCGCUGCUCUGGAUGCCCUACCGGACUCUGGUGUUGGUGAACUCCUUCAUGGAGCACCCCUACCUGGACCGCUGGUUCAUCCUCUUCUGCCGGGUCUGCAUCUACGCCAACAGCGCCAUCAACCCCGUCAUCUACAACCUCAUGUCCAUGAAGUUCCGCCUCGCCUUCAAGAAGCUGUGCAGGUGCCAGGAGGAGGAGGAAGAGCGGAGGAGGAGCUUUUAUUCAGCCUCAGGCAGCUACAGCGUGAGGAAGGAACCCGGCAUCCACCCCCAGGGCAACAUCAUGGUUACGGAGCAGCAACCGCCUACAGGAAGGGAGGCGAAGAACCUGGAUGCUUCGGAGGAAGUGUCGGCACUUGGCAAGAGCGAGAAAGAGAAGGAGCUGUACUUUAGUGUGCUCUGA